ACCGCGCGCCCACCCGGCUAGUGGCAGCCGGGAUCCUCAGCUUCCGCGGCAAUCUUUGUUAGAGCAAGUCCGAGGGUGCCCACCCCUUCUGGGGUCCGGGCGUGCACUCUCGGGGGCCGCCUGCACGGACAGACUUGUCCCGGGCAGCGCCCGUUUAAAGGGCCUGCGCUUGCCUCCCGCGGUGUCCUUCUGUAACGUGUGUGCCCACCUGUAAAGCGGUGUGACCCUCCCACCUGUAACGUGUGUGCCUACCUGUAAAGGUGGGACAUUCCCCUCACCUGUGAUACCCGAAGUAAAGCUGGGACUACUCUUUCAUUUGUGUUAUGUGUGCCCCGGCGGUGCCCAACUGUGUCACUUAUCUUGUGGUGUCCACCUUUAUCUUCAUUUGUCUCCGAAAACCCUUGUCUGCCAGGGCUUGUGCCCUCCUGCUUCUAGAAACCUCGGCUCUGCCCCAGAGCCACUGCCAGCGGGCUUUGUUCUGCACUCCCUGGAGGGCCAUCACUGUGUCCCUUGGGCCAGGUGCUGUCCCCUAGAGCCACCUGCACUUUCCCCACUGACCACCACCUUGCCUGCAAAGAGCCUCCCAUUGCUGCUGGCAUCCUCUAGAGAGCGAGUCCUCUGCCAUCCUUAGGACUCAGAGUCCUUGCAGGUCCUUUCUAGGUCCCUUGAGGUAUCCCUCCUUGCACCAGUGCAUCUUGUAGAGCCAUCUCCGUUCCAAGUCUUUCUCUACUUUUCCUGCUCCACAGGUGCUUCCACAUAUUUCAUCCUCGCCUACAUUUACAAUCCUUUUGACUCUAUCCCUUGCUUAGGGCACAAUAUCUUUCACCAAUACCACACCAUUGACUUUCCACCAUCCAUCCCCUACCUUUCUCCACUUUUCAGACAAAGUCCACUUUUCCAGAAAAGUUGUCCUGGCAAACCUUUCCCAAUGUAGAUCAUCUAUUUUUUGCCACGAAAAGACCACUGGUCAGAGGCUUGAUUGUAGUUUUAGCUCUGACAUGGGCUCCAACCAUUGCCCUUUCUAGGCUUUACUUGCAUCCAUAGGCAUGAGAUUAGAUGAGAUUUUCCAGUUUUGAGAACUUAAGAUUCUGUUUUGUACCACACACUCCCCUUUACCACACACAUUUACAACUUAUGGAUCCGCUACAACAGUGACUUGGUCUUUCAUUUUUUAUAGUCAUCAAUCAUUUUUCCAGCUAGUCUCUAAGUAACAUCUCAAGGAUAGAUUGUUUUUCUUUCUAAAUAUUACCUGUGUGCUUUCCUGCCUCCUCUGUCUAUACCCUUUUCCUAGGGGACAAAGCAAUAUUGUCUGCCUAAUUGUACAAAUUAGUGAAGAAAGCAGGGUGGGAAAUGGGCUGGGGUAGUUACCACUGUGCAUCUGCCUCCAGUCCUUGCCCCUCUGCAGGGAAUACCUGGUGCCCCCCCUUCCCCUGCUACCCCUUCGAUGCCCCCAGCCCGCUGGCUGAGAUCGGCAGGGGCCCUCCUGCUGCCAGCCCCCCGCUGGCUGCCUUGGGAGAGGCAACUGGGUCCCCCAUGGCAACCCUCUCAGGCAAAUGGGGGUCCAGCCCUGGGGGCUCAGCACAGUGCUCGCCACUGGUGCCAAUCUUGGAGAGAGGAACCUCGAAUGAAUGGAGAUCAUAAAUCAGUUUUUGCCCAGGAGAAGCAAGACUUUGUCCAGCAUUUCUCCCAGAUUGUAAAGAUCCUGACAGAAGAUGGCAUGGGGCAUCCUGAGGUGGGAGAUGCCAUAACCAGGCUCAAGGAGGUCCUAGAGUACAAUGCUCUGGGAGGAAAAUACAACCGAGGCUUGUCAGUGCUCAUGGUCUUCCGGGAACUGGUGGAACCCCAAAAACAGGAUGCUGACAGUCUACAAAGAGCACUAGCAGUGGGCUGGUGUGUGGAGUUGCUCCAGGCUUUCUUCUUAGUAACAGAUGACAUCAUGGAUUCUUCCCUUACCCGCCGGGGACAGCCAUGCUGGUAUAAGAAGCCUGGCAUCGGCUUGGAUGCCAUCAAUGAUGCCAUGAUGUUGGAAGCCUGUAUCUACCGCCUGCUGAAGCAUUACUGCCGUGGGCAGCCCUAUUACCUGAAUCUCAUUGAACUUUUCCUUCAGACCACUUACCAGACUGAGAUUGGUCAGACCCUGGAUCUUAUCACAGCCCCUCAGGACAAAGUGGAUCUUACCAGAUUCAGUGAGCAGAGAUAUAAGACCAUUGUCAAAUACAAGACAGCUUUCUACUCCUUCUAUUUACCAUUUGCUGCCGCUAUGUUCAUGGCAGGCAUAGAUGGGGAGAAAGAACACGCCAAUGCCAAGACCAUCCUUCUGGAGAUGGGGGAAUUUUUUCAAAUUCAGGAUGAUUACCUUGACCUUUUUGGUGACCCCAGUGUGACUGGCAAGAUUGGCACUGACAUCCAGGACAACAAAUGCAGCUGGCUGGUGGUGACAUGCCUUCAGUUGGCAUCCUCGGAGCAAAGAAAGAUGCUGGAGGAGUGUUAUGGACAGAAAGAUGCAGAGAAAGUUGCCAAAGUAAAGGAACUGUAUGAGAAACUUGAAUUGCCUGCUUUUUUCACCAAGUUUGAGGAAGAAAGUUACAGUAGAUUGAUGGGGCUCAUUGAAAAACAUUCAUCCCCUCUUCCCCCCUCUAUCUUUUUGGAAAUGGCGAAGAAGAUCUACAAACGGCAGAAAUGACCAAGGAUUUGGACAUAGGCUGGGAGGGGUUGGGAGGGCAGGGAACCAUGUGUGGAGUUGGGACAGCACGUACUCUUAAUAAAUUAAUGGCUUUUUGA